CAGAAAAAUGACUGUCAAAGCAAUAUCCACGUCAGCAAACAAUAUCCACGUAGGCAAAAUUAUAUCCACGUCAGCAGAACAGAUAAAACACCUUAUAUAUACAAACUCUCAGCUUUCUCUGUUAACACCAAACACCACUCAAAAAACUCAACAACCAGAAAACUUUUCCGAUCACCGUACGCCGUCGCCGGCGAUAAUCUGACUGUAAAAUUGUGUAAUGAUUUCGCCGGAGAUGACUUUUCCGUCCGCCGUUCGUCUCCGUGAUGUGUUAAUCUUCGUAGAUGCCGUUCUCACCUAACCUAAAACCCUAGCGAAAUCGAACAAAAUUAGCAGAAAUUAGAAGUUAUUUCAUCAAUUAUCAUACAAAUCGAUGUUAAAUGAACACAAAGAGUAUGUUAAUCCGGCUAAUUCGAAGAUAAAUACAUAAUUUUUCAUGUUUUUUUGAUUUUAUCAGAGUUUUAGGGUUUUGAGCCGAUUGAUUUCGCGUGAUUUGAUGAUAUACUAGUUCGUGUGCUGUGUUUUUACUAUUACAGCCGUUUAGAUUCCGUAAUUUGAUUUUGUACUAGUGUUGUUGAUUUUGAAAAUUAGGGUUUUUAGGUUUUCUAGGGUUUCGUUUGUUCAAAACUUCAAAUUAAGUGAUAAUCGGAGAGGUUUUUGUUAUGCCGUUGAGGAUGAAGAUACAACCGGUCGAUUGUUCAUCGCCUGAGUGUUUCGAGUCGGUGAAGACAGUGCAGAAGUCUCGGUUGAGACGUUUGUUUGAUUUCUCGAGCUUUUUGAGGUCAUCGGCGGUUGCGGACAGGUCCGGCGCCGGCGAAACGCAAUGCGGCAAGGAUGUUGUAGACGAAUUCGAGCCGAGCUCUGUUUGUUUGGACAAAAUGGUUCAGAAUUUCAUAGAGGAAAGUACCGAGAAAGAGAAACAGUCUGUUUGUUUGAACAAGUGUGGUCGGUGCAAUCAUCGCCGGUGUAAUUCCGGCACCGGCGAGUGCAGUUCCGAUGGCUCUGAAGAUGAACUUGACUCGUUUAAUUGUUUCGGAAACUCUAUUAGUUCAUCCACAGAUGCAUGUGACCCUCUUAAGAGUUUGGUGGCUUGUGAGACGGUGUUUGAGAGGAAUUUAUUGGCGGAUGUUGCUAAAAUUGUGGAUAAGAACAAGAUCUGCAAGAAGAAAGAUGAAAUUAGCAGAAAGAUUGUUACCGAUGGGCUCUUGGCUGCCGGAUACUCUGUUUCUAUCUGUAAAUCCCGGUGGGAGAAAACUUCUACUUAUCCUGCUGGGGAAUAUGAGUAUAUUGAUGCUAUGCUAGAAGGGGAUAGAGUGAUUGUGGACAUAGAUUUCAGAUCAGAGUUUGAAAUUGCAAGAUCCACGAAAAGCUACAGAGCAGUUCUUCAAAUACUUCCUCAUAUAUUCGUGGGUAAACCCGAACGUCUCCAGAACAUCAUCAACGUAGUUUCUGACGCUGCAAAACAGAGCUUGAAGAAGAAAGGAAUGCCUCUUCCCCCAUGGCGUAGAGCCGAUUAUGUCAAAGCUAAAUGGCUCUCACCUUGCAACCGAUUGGUCAACAAUCCGACUGACGAUAAGAAUAACCAUAACCAAUCGUUCACUGAAACCGCAAGCAAAUCCAACCCGAUUCUAGAACCGAAAGACCCGGUUUUGAAUGAUGAGUUUGAAGCCGUGGGAGGUACCGAGGAGGCUGUGAAACAGUUUGAGCCGUUAGAGAUCAAACCAAAGGUACCAAAGAUCGGAAGUAAAGUUGUUAGCGGUCUAGCUUCUGUGAUCGAAGGCAAAUGAUAAUGGUGGUAGGGUUCAGUUGGUCUAAAUUCACUCCAAAUCCAGUUUCCAGUUUGUGGUUCUUGAUUUUCUUGGCUAAAAUCUUGAAAAUGGAACCCAAAUCACUAAAAUGAUUUGGAUAAAUUGGGAUUUAGAUUGACUUGGACCCCUAAGGUUUUGGUAUUUUGACUAUUUUCCUUUUUUUGUUGUUUUUUUUUUUUUUUUUUUUUUUUGGGUCAUCUUGGCACCAGGAAAUAGUACAAAAAGAAAGAAAGAAAGAAAGAAAAAAAAAGAGAGAAACCUAUAUAGUCUAAAAAGAUAAGAUGGGUAGACUGAAGUCCCCUUGGUGUUUUUUGCUGUAAGGGUCCAUCUUUGCUAACUGCUUUUUAUAAUAAUUGAAAGUAUAAAUAAACAUAUAAUUGAAUAUUC